AUGCAGUGUUCAUCGCCGAGCACUCGUGGUGAGAUCUCAUCGACACCAUCGGCUGACAUAGAGAUGUCGAGCAACGAGUCUAUUGAUGCCAGUAUAUCGUCGUUCACACGUAAGCCGAAGUCGCAGAAGAAGCGCGAGAGGAAGGAGGCCCAGAGAGAGCAGCGUAAGGAGGUGCGUAAGAUGAAGAGGAAGGCUGUCAAGGAGCGGCGUCGUGAGGAGCGUAGGGACGAGCUUGCGGGUCUAAGCGCCGAGGAGAUCCAGGAACGGGCUGAUGCUGAGAAAGCCGAGCGCAUUGCUGAAAAGGAGCGGAGCGAGGCGCACAUGCAGGCGUGCUAUGACGAAGGCAAUCCAAUCAUCGCUUUCAACUGUGGCUUCACCGAUCAAAUGCAGGAAAAGGAGAUAACGUCCUUAGCGAAACAGUUGCAGUUGGCGUACAAUACACUAAAGCGGUCGAAGGAGUCCUGUGUGCAGUUCCAUUUG